AAUGUGACUAUUUCCUGUGAGAUUACAUUAUUCUGUGUUCUGUAAACUGGAGACUGUUAAAGCAUAGCAGAGUUACUCUAAAGCAUGUUGAUAAACUUAAAUGUCUAAACGUUAUUUUGGUCACAGUCCGCUGAUACAGCAGCGCUGUUUAUGACUGGUUUAAAGUGUUGGAUUGGCGAAAAACAUGACUGCCAAUGAAGACCAGGAGAUGGAGUUGGAGGCUCUGCGCUCCAUCUAUGAAGGAGAUGAUUGCUUUAAAGAGCUCAGUCCUGUUUCCUUCCAGUUCAGGAUAGGAGAUCUCGAUGACUCCAAGUCCUUCCUGCUAGAAGUGUCCUGGCCAGAGAGCUAUCCUGAAACUGCCCCGCACAUAUCAUUAGAUGCUUUUUUCAACAACAGAAUAUCCCUGGAGACGAAGCAGUACAUUCUCUCCAAGUUGAGUGAACAGGUAGAGGCCAACCUGGGCACUGCCAUGAUGUACACGCUUUUUGAGUGGGCCAAAGAAAACCAGGAAACACUCAUGGAAAACCACCAGCCUGUGACAUCUGCUGUGACCCUGAUAUCCAACAGCGAUGUCAUGAAUAAUUCCACCUCUGUCGGUAAGAAAAAGGAGAAGAAAGAGCAACUAACCAAAGCACAGAAGAGGAAACUGAUUGGGAGAACAGAUAAUAAGGGUGAACUGCCAAGAGGCUGGAACUGGGUAGAUGUUAUCAAGGUAAGUUAAGAUGAGAAAAGAUUUACUACAAAUGCCAUUUGACAUGUAAAAUAAAAUUGCACAUUCUUAAAUGAUCAUAAACUUAAAUCUGUCUUUUUUCUUUUGCACUGGGAUCUCAUCCAUUCAUUGCCCCUUUCUCUGUCCAACAAACAGCAUCUUAGCAAAACUGGAGGGAAAGAUGAAGAUUAAAGUGAUGCUUGAGAAGAAAUGAUGGAUUGAAG